UUCCUCUAUAUUUUUUCUCUCAUUUUCUUUUGUUUUUUUUUUUUUUUUACUUUUGUUUUAAGUUUUUUUAUAGGAGAAAGUACGAAACCGUGCAUAAAAUGAGCACCGCUGAUUGCUAACAGCAUCUACACUCCAUGAAUGGAACGGCUUCCACGAAUAGUACAGCCCACUCAAAAAUGUUAGGAAUCCAACUAUUAAUAGAAUCAAUACAAGAAACAUUAUCUACGAACAUCUUACAUCUUACAUUGAAGAGAAUAGAAUUGACAAUGAAAAUAAGAAAAAAGAACCAAUAAAAUAUAAAUUUCUGUAUAUAAUACCUUAAGGAUUACACUAAAAAAAUAUAUAGCUAAAGCAAUAUUCAAGAGCACAGACCACAAAAUGUCAGUAGCUUAAAUCUUGGUAAGCCAUGAAGAGUCAAGUCCAACAGGAAUGGAUUGAAAUGGAAAAAUGUAUAUACACACGUAACAGAUUUUAAACACCGCGGUCCCAGUAAUGUAUUCAUAAAGGCACCUCUGCCGUUCCACAAAAGGAACGUGGGAUAGUGGUAUGUCUUUAAGGUUAUUCUUCCUCUUCUUCCAUUUCUUCAUUUUCUUUUUCCUUUUUUCCUUUUUCUUUUGCGUAAAGAUUCUUGUUUGCCCGUUUUACGCGCUCGACUGACCCAAGUCAUGUACCCAUGACCUUGCGUUUAGCUGAAUAACCUUUAUACACGUACGAAGCCGAAUUGAAUCCAGUUCCACGAAGCAAGACGGGACCUUCUCGUCUCUUCUGUGCGCUCGCUUUCAUCGUUUGGUCAAAUGUCCGCAUUAUAUUCACGGAUAUUAAAUUCACGUUAGAGAGAAGAAACUCGGAGAAACAUCCGGGGAGGUCUUGUUGCCAAUUUUAAUUCGUCCCAUGUGAAACGAAUUCCAUUAGCAAAUUUUACAAUGAUUAGUUACUGCAAUAAUGACGAACACUGAUAAUUACAAAAAUUUAACUAAUAUAUAUACUAGAUAGUAAUGUAAUUAUAUUUUUUCAAUUUUCUAUUAUUAAUUAGAUUCAUUUUGUCUUACAAAAAUGAAUAUUAUUAAAUUUAUUAAUAAAACAGAUAAUUAAUAAAACUUUAAUAUUGUAAGAUUCAUUUUUUUAUAUCUUUCAAUGUUAUAAAUUUAAUAAUUUACAAUUACUAGAUAGAUUGAAAAUUAUAGAAAAAAUGAACCAUAAUUAAUUUUAUAACAAAGAUGUAUAUUCAAAAUGAACAAUAAAAAAGAUCUUAUAUCAUAAUUUCGUAAUUUGAACAUUUCGAAUAUUGAAAUAUCAAAAUAUGAAUUCCCGCCAUUUUCUCAUUUUCUCAUUUCAAAAAUGAAAUAGUAAAUAUAUUAAUAUGUAAAAAUUACGAAAAUUAUAAUGAAAAACUUGAAACUUUUAUUAUUAAUUUUCUUUUUUUCAUUAUAACAAUUCCCUCUUUUUAUUAUCUAAUAAUAUAUAUAAUUAUCAAUUAUUUAUAAAGUAAAAAAAAUUUUUUAAUUUUACUUAUCGAACUUAGGAUCAUUCAAUGCUGUUAUAAUUUGAAUAUCACAUGUAUAUUUUCACCUUUAAAGUAAAUAAAAAUUACGAAUAAAGAUUCUUUAAAAAUUCACUAAUUUUAACACAAUUAAGAUCUUAGGAUAAACGACUGUAUUUUAAUAUUUUAUAUAUUUUUUUUCCUAAAUAUCUAUAUUUAACUUUUUCUUAAUGUAUCUUUAAACACUUAUAACACUUCUAAAAAUCACAAUGGCGGAAUUAACGAAUAAUUGUGAAUUUUAUUUAUUUUAUAUUUGUACAGAAUUGAAUAUCAUAUAUACCAAUAUUAAAAUAUUAAAAGUAUAUAGAUGAAACUUUAAUGUUAGUGGCAACACUGAUCGAGUCUAUGUCAGUUGCUAUCUUGUCAACAUACUUAACCUAAAGUGUACUUAACCUGUACCUUUCUUAUAUUUAUUUAUAAAUAACACUUUUUGUGAUUAAUUUUAUUAUAUUAAGCUAAAAAUAUGUCGGAACGUAAAGUUUUAAAUAAAUAUUAUCCACCGGAUUUCGAUCCGUCAAAAAUUCCUCGUAUGAAAUUAGCUCGCAAUAGACAAUAUACGGUACGUUUAAUGGCUCCUUUUAAUAUGAGAUGCAAAACUUGUGGAGAAUAUAUUUAUAAAGGAAAAAAAUUUAAUGCCCGCAAAGAGGAUGUUGAAGGUGAUGAUUAUUUAGGAAUACGAAUUUACAGAUUUUAUAUAAAAUGUACUCGGUGCCUUCAAGAAAUAAGUUUCAAAACAGAUCCAAAGAAUACAGAUUAUGAGAUUGAAGCAGGUGCCACUAGAAAUUUUAUGGCCCUAAAAUUAGCUGAAGAACAAGCACAAAGAGAAGAAGAUGAAGAAAAAGAAGAAGAAGCUACUAAUCCAAUGAAACUUUUAGAAAAAAGAACAUUACAAUCAAAACAGGAAUUAGAAUUGUUAGAAUCUUUAGAAGAAUUAAAAGAUUUAAAUCGUAGACAGCAAACUAUUGAUUAUGAUCAAAUGUUAGAACAAUUUGAUACAGAAACAGCUAAACAAAGAACCGAAAAAGAACAAGAAGAAUAUGAUGAAGAAUGUGUUAAAGCAAUAUUUGGUAAAAAAAUUGUUGUAGAAGAAGAAAUUGUAGAACUAGAUGAAAAUGAAACUAAUGAACCACCAAAAAAAAUAAUGAAAAAAAAUAAAAAUAAAAAUGAGAACAAUAUAUCUACGAUAGAACAAGAAAAAAGUAAGGAGAACCAAAGGAUAAAAUCAUCUGAAACAUCAUUAUGGUCUGAAAAUAUAUCAUCAUCAUCAAAUAGAAAAAACUUAUUAGGUAUAGUUAAGAGAAAAACAAACUUGGUUACUAAAGUAAAUAUGAAUUCUUCAGUUACUAAUGCAGAUAAGAAAGAAAUUCAAACUAUGACAAGUAAAGAAACAGGUAUUUCUAUAGAAGAACAUAAAACAUCUGAAAACACACAUAAUUCAACAACAAACAAUAGCAACAAUGGUCUUUCCUUACUGGGAACAUAUUCUGGUAGCAGUGAUAAUGAUAGUAAUUAAUAUUGUGUUCAAUAUUGUAUAUAUAAUUUAAUUUUAUAACAUUUAUUAUAAAAUAAAGUAUGCAUACAAAACAUACAAGGAUAUAAAUAAGCCUCAUCGGAUAUAAUGGUGUAAAUCAAUAUAUCAAUAAUUUUUUAACUUUUUUAACAAAUUCAAAAUAUAAAAUUACCACUCAAUUUACACUUUUUUUUUAAAACAUUGCUAACAAUUUGCGAUUCGAUUAUUGUAUUGAAUAUUGAAUUAACAAUAUCUUGCGAAGACGUAGAAUACCGCUUACCAAAGGCUUAAUAACACAAAAUAAUCUCUUUGUUUGUGAUCGAAAUUCAUGAAGACAUUUACCGCGUCGGUGAUUAGAAAGUUCCUUACAGGAUGCCGAAGCCCUUACCCCUAAAACAGAAAAACCAAAUCAGAAAAACAAAAAGAAAUGAAUAAAUUAAAAAUCGGUCUGUUUCAAAGGCUAGGCACUCUGUAAGGAACUUAGUAUCAACGAUAUUACAUUGAAAACUCGGUAGCAGGGAGUACCUAGCCUAUUAAAUCAGACCAUAUUAAUACAAUAUUUAAAUUUAUUUACAAUGUACAUCACUAAUUGUUCUUACAAAUGAUAUAUGAAUUUUUAUUAUUGAAGUUUUAAUCUAUGGUCAAUUAUAUUAAUAAUGAUUGUAAAUAAUGUAUAUAUCAAUAACAGACUUAUGGUAAUAUUUCUAGAAAAUUUAAUUGAAUCAUAUCUCAUGUAUUAUUUGCGACACGUGUUUAUUGUAUUACUGAGAAAAUUAAAAUUUAAUAAUGAUCA